CUUCGGAAAGUGAAAAAUUGGUGGAAAAACUGGUUUCUGUCUUUCUGAAGAAACGAUCCCCUCCGCCCUUGGGAGCAGGACAGACUCAUAAGACUUAAGAGGACAAGAUAUUUCGAUGAAAGAACACUCUACGCCAACGACAAAGGAAAAGGUUCUGUUUUAGAAUUAAGUUUUGAACAGUUUUGCCUGUCAGUCUGUCACUGGUAAAGUACCAUCGCUACUUCACCAGCACAAUAAAUACUGGCUGACAGUGGCUGACACAACAUCGAACGGCAAAAAGUGGAGAUUUGGAGUUUGGGAGUUUGACCUCUAGCAAAGCUGCCAUUGUAAAUUUUUAUGGACUGUUAUUAAUAAUCCCAUAUCAGAUUUGAGGAUCGGAGAAAGAAGAUGGCUCAGUGGAAAGAUCACGGCAUGGCAAAAACAGCCAUGCCAGUUCAGUACGGCUUCGAGGACGUUAGCGAAGAAGAUUCUGCUGCCAUUACUGUAAUACUUAUCGAGGAUUGUGACGAAUAUCAAGAUGCUGUUCAAAUCCAACAGGAUGCAGAACUGGCCCGGGUACUUUCCGAAAUGCCUGUAUUGUAUGACGAAUUGCCUUCGUCGGCAUCUGAGAAGCGUGACAUGGUGAAGCGAAAAGUGCAUCCUGAUUAUAAUUCGGGAUUGUCGCCCGUGGAUCCAGAAUGGGAGAUGCUUGACCCAACUCCAGACAUACAUGCGUUGUUUAUACAGUUUGAUCGCGCGUACUUUGCGAACACUCUCGGCAAUGUGGAAGUGAAGUGGAGCAAACAGAUGAUGUCAUGCGCUGGGAUUUGUCGCUAUCAGUAUCGAGCCGGAUACUGUUCCAUUGGGCUCAGUUUACCCUUGCUCAAGUUGCGUCCGCGGAAAGAUCUGGUCGAGACAUUACUGCACGAGAUGAUUCAUGCGUAUCUGUUUGUUACUAACAACAAUAGCGACCGCAACGAUCACGGAGAUAAUUUUCACGAGCACAUGGAUCGCAUUAACAAGCAAACGGGUGCUAACAUUACGGUCUACCAUUCUUUCCAUGAUGAAGUGGAGCACUACCGCCAGCAUAUAUGGCGUUGCAACGGUCCUUGCCAGUCUGAAAAGCCAUAUUUUGGGUUCGUCAGGCGUUCACGUAAUCGUGCUCCAUGCGCCGCUGACAAUUGGUGGCCCGCUCAUGCUGCCAAGUGUAACGGAGUGUUUAUUAAAAUCAGUGAGCCGGAGGGGUUUAAGAGCAGGAAAAGAAAAAACCCAGAUCUAGAGGUAGUCCAGCAAGAUGCUGUAUUACCUGGACCAUCGGGAGUUUUAGCGCCGCGGCCCUCUGGAACCUCUGGUAGUGACAAAGGAGCCCCUUUGCACCAAGUUCAGCGCUGGACAACGCGGACCCCGGGUUUACUGAUGGGCAGCGGAAAUGAGAAUAAAAGCACGACUCUGCUUUUCAACCUCCGUACUACAGGCGGUAGCAGUGGCAUAAAUUCUACCAAUGGUAUUGAUGCCCUUGGUGGAACUAAUCGCCUGCCAGACCAGUUGCCUGUUGUGAAAAAAUCAUCGAAACAUCAGUCCUCACUGGAUAACUACUUUGGGAUUACUGGGAAAAGUGCGGUGAAAGGUCCGCUAAAACCCAGUGCUUCGAAUUCGGUGGACAUCAUUGUCAUCGAUUAAUCGAUUAGCGUGAAGGUUACGAAACUGCAUAGUAUGCACAGUAUCCAAGCUUUGAAUCCUAUCAGCCACUUUCUUACGUUGUAUUUUGUGCGGAAUUCCUUGCUCGGAAUACGCAAAGCAUCUCUUUUCGAUGCCUUUUGAAAUUUAUGUGAUGAAAUACUGAUACUGGUUUUUUUGUUUCACUUUGUAACAUGUGGAUUUUAUUCUUUACCUGUGUAUUUUGAAUUAUGAUCUUGAGGAGCCUUCCUUUUUUUCGAAAUGGGAUGUUAAUACUGCUACUUUUUGUAACCAUUGCUCAAAGUUUGAACUUCAAAUGAAUCUCGCGUUUG